CCCUUCGGGGAAAACCAAAACAAAAAAAAAAAAAAAAAAGAAGGAGGGAGAGGACAACAAGUGGAUUAUUAUUAAAGUUGAAUUAACUUGUUGCGUUAGGGAGGCAAAAAAGAGUCCACUUUUUAAAAUUAUUUAUAUAACUCUUUAGUCGUUGCAAGCUUUAUUCGUUAGAUAUAACAAUGGAGAAAAGUGGGAAUCCUCCUCCUUAUGCAUGGAACAAUGGGCACACACUGCAGCCGCCCCCGGCUGCGCCUCCCAGCUACUCUCAAGCAGUGGGAGGGGUUGGUCCCUCCAGCCCCUACACACCACAAUAUCCACCUUCGGCAGGCCCACCAAUUGUGACAACUGUGGUGCCAGUUGGUCCACAUCCAACCCACAUGAUUUGUCCUAGCUGUCAUGCUGAAAUUGACACCGAAACGCAGACGAAACCAGGAAUGAUUGCAUAUAUUGCUGGAUCUAUCAUAUGCCUGUUAGGAGGUUUCCUCGGAUGCUGUCUUAUCCCCUGCUGUAUAGGAAGCUGCAUGGAUGUACACCAUGCGUGUCCCAACUGCUCAGCAGACCUUGGACGUUACCGUCGAUAAAUAGUAAAUAUAAACUUUCUUGUGAUGGUGCACACACACUCGAGUUAUAAAUCUUAUAAACAAUUUAUGACAAGUACCCAGAUGGACAGAUGUCAUUGUAUGAUGAAGAAAAAUAAUAUCCAUAAACCCUUUAGAGGAUAUCCUUUAGAGAUUAUUGUUUUAUUAAUUUUCGUUGAUUGUUAUAUAACAAAAUAAGGAAUUGGGCAUUUCUUAUAAAAUUUGUAACUCUAGUGCUGGAGUAUCAAUAAACACUAAUUCGAGCUUAGUAUUUAUGGAAUAAAUAUGCUUCCAUAAAGAUCUGAAAUUUAUCACAACCUCCACAUUCACAUUAAUUAUUAUUAUUUAUAAGUGACUAUUUAUGUAACAAAAUUAAUUUAAUAGAAAUUUACAAUUUUAUAUUGUAAUUUUGAAAAAAUAUUAUAGAUACUUGAUACUUUUUUAAUUUUAAUACUUAAGAUCUGAUAUCACAAGAUUACAUAAUUGUAAGAUUAUAGUUUUUAUAUGUUUUUAGUACCUCAAGUGAACUUUGCUAUAAUAAGGUUAUUGCCAUAUUUAUUUGAUGAAUGCAGACAUACGUUUGAAUGGCCUAGUAAUUUACAAUAGAAAGUUUUAAUAGGUCAAUUGUGACAGUGUAAAAUCGUCCUUACUCAAUUACAUAAAUGUGGUUAUUUUAAACUUGUUGCUAUUUUCAUGCCAAAAUGUAAUACAAUGGAUUAUUUAAAGUAGACGAUGGUAGAGAUUUCAAUUAAACACAUUUUAAAUAUUUGAUGUAGUGUACUUCUGUAUGUACUAUUUACGUAGUCGUAAGAGCAUCUAAUAAUUGGCGGCUUAUAAGUGUUGUGUUAUAAACAUAUAACUGUAAAUAGUAAAUAUCUAAUUAUUAACAUUUAUUAACAGACAAAUGACGAAACGAAACGAAGCGACACAUACUGUUACCGUCUGUCUAUUCUGACUGUGUUUUUGUAUUCAAUAAUUCAACCACAGCUUUGCAAAGGGUAGUAUUAGAUUGUUUAUUUAUUAACAAAUAAAUUCAAGCUUUAUAAUAAAAUACCACAAUUGCUUUAGCCGUUCCAUAUAGCAUUUAGCCAUUGAGGCACAUUGUAACUCAAUUAAAGUACUGCCCUAGCAGUUUUCUUCCCUAAAAGUUUAUAACUAUUUUAUACCAUAUUAUAAAUCUUAAAAUCCAUAAUAUAUUGACGAUAAAUGAUCUAAUUCUAAGACUGCCUAACUUAGUGGAAAAGCGAUAUUUUAGUUUACUGUAAACUAAAUGUUCUAAAGAACUUAACCCAGUAAUGUCCAGCUUACCUAGCACACCCACCACAGCACCUGGUAUACUUACUUAUUCUUUCAGAAAGUAUUAUAUUCAUAUUUGUCUGAUUUAUUUAAUAACUAUUUUAAAUAUAUGUAUAACAAACUUA